ACUCCUCAGCUUCUAUCUUUGAACAUGUGGAUAGGAUGUCACGUUCCUCAGAUGCCAGCAGACGGGUCCCGAGCAAGAUCCAGCUGAUUGCUAUGCAACCGAUGGCAGCACCUCCGGUUCAGAACUCGGUGCUUUCUGAUCGAGUAGCAGAGACCAACAAAAUUAAUAAAGAGAUACAGACAGCCCUGAGGCAUAAAUCUGAGAUUGAGCAUCACCGCAAUAAGAUUCGUCUUCGCGCCAAGCGCAAAGGGCACUAUGAAUUUCCAGUGGUGGAUGAUGUGGUGGUGGUUGACUCCAAAGAACAGCACAGAAUAUAUCGCAAGGCACAGAUGCAGAUUGACAAGAUCUUGGACCCUGGAGGCAGUGUGCCUACUGUCUUCAUAGAGCCCAGGAAGAGUUCUCGUGCAAAACGUUCUCCCAAGCAGCGCCGGCGACAUCAGAUAAACGGUAGUCCUCUUGAUGCGGAAAAGGACAGGUUAAUCACAACUGACAGUGACGGGACAUAUAAAAGGCCUCCAGGAGUCAAUAACUCUGCAUAUAUUUCUGAUCCAGACUUGCCUCCUGAACCUCAGACAUCAUCUUCAGCUGAUCUGGGGAAGUUCCCUGGCUUGCCUUCCCACCCAGUCUCCCAGUACGUCCCACCGCAGCCAUCCAUUGAAGAGGCUCGGCAAACCAUGCACUCGCUGCUGGAUGAUGCUUUUGCGCUGGUGGCUCCCAGCAGCCAAGCAGCCAGUUCGACAGUCGUCACACCGCCUGGGGUCUCUGCAGGACAGCCGAGAUACGUGGAAUUUGGAAUGACUCCGCCAACAGCACCAGGUCUCCUACCAAGGCAGAACUUUGGGCCAGCUUUUCUUCAGCCUGCUGAGUUAAUGCACCCAGACCAGCAGCCACCUGAGGUCCAGUAUUCCUCCAGAGGGAUAUACUCAGAGGAAAUGCCAUCAGUGGCACGGCCACGACCAGUUGGAAGCACUGCAGGUUCUCAGAUACAGCACCUCACUCAGGUGGGAAUUGCUAGCAGGAUCGGAGGUCAACAAGUGGAGAUCCCCUCAGGCAGAGCAGGGCAUGGCCAGCCGGGGGGGCCAGGGUGGCCCCAGUACCGUGGAGAGGAUGAAUAUGCUAGGCGAGAUGCAACGCAUAUGCAUGGGCACCAAGAAUAUUCCUCCUCACCAGUAUUCCAGAUGCCGAGGACUUCAGCCAAGCAGCCUUCGGCACCCCCUGCUCAGCUUCCACACAACAGCCUUCAGGGCCAGGGCCUUUGCUACACCACCAGUUCCACUGAGGACCUCCAGCCAGGUCACUCUUCAGCCUCUCUUAUCAAAGCAAUCAGAGAAGAACUUCUGCGGCUUUCUCAGAAACAGACAACAGUGCAGAACUUCCAUAGUUGAUUUAGCAUUCCCUUGCAAAUCUGCCAGUUAUCUGCUUCCUAUGGAAGCAAAGACUUAGAGGAAAUCAGCAAUGUUGUUCUCUCAAAAGAGUGAACUUUCACAACUCUGUUGACAACACUCUGGAAAAAAAGAAAAAGGCAGCAAAAUGAGAAUAGUAAGGAGAAAUGGGGGACAAACAGGGAAAAUCAUCAGUGAACAGGGAAAAUCAUCAAUGUCAUCACAAGUAAUAUUAAUUAACCUGCUAAUAUUACGGUGCUUCUCUUCUCUCCCUACCCUCAUUCAGCCUUACAAAUAAAUAAAAUCUUAGGUUAAGAAGUCAACACUCCAGCAACAAAAAAGUCACAGGAACAAACUCCCAAGUAUGAUAGACUCCUUUUUCUAAGGAAGUAGGUCUGAAUAAACUGAUACGACAUUUUGCAAGACAUUACAAGUAUUCUGAUCUCUCCAGUGCUUAUGGGGAACCGGUUUGUGUUGCUGUUCUGCAAGAAUCCAAACUGUAUCAGCUCAAAGGUGUUGAAGAUGUGAUACCACAUAAGAAUCACUUAAUUUGUCAGGAACAAUGGGACUAUUUAGAAUAAAAUUCUUUAUGAGCUACUUGUAACAAACUGGAACAGUAAUUGUUAUAGCUCUGUACUUCCGAAUGGAGCUACCCUCUGCACUCUUCCUUGUUUUCCUUCUGGUGCUGAAGCUUCAAGUGUUCCUUCAUCUUCAAUGUUUGCAAAGUGAAACAUUGGCCUUGUAUAACUAAGAAAAUAUCUGUAGACUCAUUCAGGCUGGAAAAACAAAGCAAAGCAUCCAAACAGAAAGGGCUUGGUAUUUAUUUUGUCUAAAAAUUAUUGAAAACUGGGAGAAGAAUACUCGGCCACAGUUGAAUUUGGGGAAAUGUGUAUGUAUAUCUUUAAAAAAUCUAUUUGCAUACUAUGUGCUCUUGCAAGACCAGUGAUAAAAUAUUGCCACUCUGUAGUUUGCUUUGUGGACAAAAACCAAUCCAGCCUGACUGGUACAGGGUCACCAGCAUUACAUUAUAAAUUGAUGUCCUAAAUCAUUGCUUAUGUUUGAUUCUGAAUAAUUUUAGUGAAAGUCAGUGGCAGUUUAGAGCAUUAACAUAGGCUUAGAUUUGCGGUUUUGAGACAGUUUCUAUAUUUAUACUUGUUUCCACUGUCCCUUUAAACAAAGGGUAAGCAUUAUCCCCAUGGUAAGAAUGGUAUGUGCCAUGGAACUGUUUGUCGCUGUUUUUUUCCAGAGUUUUAAUUUAAUAUUAGCUACGAAUUUACUAAUAUUUGGCCAUUGCAUAACUGUAACUGACAUAAUACAUACGGAAAUUUUACUUAAGUCAUGAUUUGUUGGAGUGUUUUGUAUUUUCAGUUCAGACUAAAUUAAAGCUAACAAACUGGCACAGAGAUGGAGGGUAAGCUCAGCAUUUGUGAGUAGGCUUGGGAGC